UGUUGUUGUUUUUCUUUCUUCGUUUCUUGGUUUCUUGUUUCUUCCGUCCGAUUUGUCUGUGUACGUUUUUUGGAACGUGCUUGGUGUGUUCCUAAGAUAUUUGAAACUGAAAAACAUGGACAGCCCCUUUGUGUAUUGCCCGUACGAUAAGAAACACCAAGUGUCACGCUUGCGUUUGCAAGCACACAUCGUAAAAUGCCAGAAAAACUAUCCAGGUUGGCAGAUAUGCCCAUAUAAUGCCACCCACCGGUUUCCUCAUGAAGAUAUUUUGAGGGAGCACCUUGUUCAAUGCCCAUCAAAAGCUGCGAUAUGCCCAGAACAUAAAACUAAUACAGUCACUGGAUCAUUGUAUACUCCAAAACCCAUUCUACAGAAGGAUUAUUUGCCGGAGACUGAUCCUGAUCAUGAAAUGUGGGAUUAGAAUAGCAGUCCAGUUCCAAGGAAUAUUUUUGAUCUGAUUAAAGUUAAGGAAAUGUAGGUAUUGAAUUUUCUGUUUGUUAAAGUUAUUAACAUUUUUAUAUUCAUGAAAAAAUGUGAGAUAUUUUUUCCAUUAUAAUUAUGUAAGGCUUAGAUUUAUUAUAAUCUAUGUAUGUAGGUAUCAACAUUGAAAACUGAACAUUGUAACAUUGUUCAGCAAGGUUUUUUUAAGCUAUAAAUUCCAUGUUUGUUCUUCCAAUUGUUUAUUGAUACAAUUUUUGUUUAACAAUGUUAGUACUCCUAACUGCCCUACAAAAAGGAGCACAUUGCCAGUGGUCCUGUUGCUUAGUUAUAAGUCAUAAAAUCAUAGAAAAAAAUGCUACAAUCAUACUUUUAGUACAUAGUGUGAGUAAUGACUUAGUACAUGAUUUCAUUUUGUCCAUUGCAGUAAUAUUUGUACAACUAAGCCUAGGCGCAGACCACUGGUUUGUUGUCGGCCGAUAGUUUAGUCGGGCAGUUAACCAGUAUGGGCAUGUAUAGAAGUGCGCACAUUACACCGAUUGAUUCUUCAUACAAAUUAGAAUUGGGCCCAACUAUCGGCCGACUAAAAAUCGGUGGUCUGCGCCUAGGCUAAAUUAAUAGGACCACAGGCAUGGCAUUCUAGGAGAGGUUUUAGAGAAAAAAGGUUAAACAUUUUAUCUC